AUGACAACAUUGCAGCCUAGUUCGGCUGAGAAGACCAUUUGCAAAACCCACAUCGCUCAGCCAAUUCUUGGACGGCCACAAGCCCCUCGACAUCUCGCCGAGAUUCUACGCAGUCGUUGCGGAACCCUGUUGACUUCUCCCCCUCUCCAAGCCUCGACCUACCAGGAACCACCUCAAUUAGUCCGCAACAAGCAUGCAUUCUCCUUCCACUCUCCAGUGAUGCAGCCGAUGAGUUUUGCCAGUCGCAAGCGUCUCCAGCCGAAUCCAGCCUCUGUGCGCCCUAAAAAGGUACCCCGAGUCUCGCGGAAGAGGUCUUACCGGCUGGCAAAAUCCUCUCCUGGCGCGCAGGGGUAUCCUACAGCCUUUAUGGCUCCGGUUUUGAUUCCAGAAACACCGUCUGUCGUUCAUCAACUGUCUGACGAAGAAACCGAUUCUGAGCUGCCGCUGCCUAAUCGCCAGAAUGCGAGCUCGACCAUAGGUUCCUCCCCACCACUCAUUUCCCCCGAAAGCACUCACGACUGGCACGAACGGGCCGGUAUGUUGAAGAAGCGAAUACGUCAGACUCGUCACCGUAUGUGGUCGACUCCCCCCACCCCCGCCCAUAUAAUUGGAAGUAAUCAGGUCUUCCCCCCUUCUAGUCCUCCAAGUCAGCAUGCAAUUUUGCCAUCAAAGACUCGCAUACUAGAUGGCGCGAUGUUUGGGACCCUAGGAAAUUCGAGCCCACAGUUCAAUUUCGCCGAUUUCGUACAUCUAACUUCCAGCCCGACACAGGCAGCCUGGGACACCCGCACGCAUGGCAAUCCUCUUCGCACCCCUACCACUACCAAGGAGACUUGA